AUGAUCUCGCAAGAGUCGUCCAUGCCACUUCCCCAGGCUAUCGACGACUGCUAUUUGACCCCAGAUUCCGUGAUAUGCACACAGCCACCCAGAAUCUUUUCACGCGUUGCGUGGUUCGUCGAGACCCUCAAGUUGCACGAUAUGCUCCGGAAGACCCUGGCUGCAUUGUACCAUAACGCGGCGUCAAGGGACGCUGGAAGUGAUAUGGAAGGAAAGGCAGCCCCGCUGAGGCAAAUGAUAGGUAUCAUAGAAAUAGACUCCCAGCUCCAACGAUUCAAAGACGCCCUCCCCCCCGAACUGGACUGGGAUACUGGGAUACCCAUCCUUGUGAGGACACUUCGGACCCACCCAGGAACCCAAAACACUCAGACCGGAGACAUUCUACGACAUGGAAGCAUCUCUUCCAAGUUUCUCCUGGACUGUUCCGUCUACUGCGUUCGAGCCGCAAUUGAUCUCGCAUGCCUGGUGCAUCAGACAUGCCAUACCGAACUGUCCAGCGUUUGGUUCUACAAUGUUUUCUACUCAUUCACUGCCGGAUCAGUGAUUAUCCUCGCCCAGCUCUCUCCAUCGAUCGUGGAGAUUGUGGCCCGACAAGACUUGAAAGAAGCGUGGGAUAAAUGCCGGGAUACCCUGAAUAGUCUAUCAGGAUACAGCAGUACUGUGAAAGACUGUGCAGAGACGCUUUCCCUCAUCAGGUCGAAAUGUCAAACUGCUGGAGCAGGCUUGCAGGAGGAACAUAAUUCAUGCACCGAUACCCAUGUGGACUCGGAACAAGUCGACUUUGAAGGCUGUGAUCUGGCAUCGGAUAAUAUAUCUCUGACAGACGGCCUCUUCCGUGACUUUGAUUUCAACGAGGAUACAUUAUUUGACCCGUUCUGGUUCACUCUUCAGUUCUAG